AUGGAUAUGGGUACUCAAAUUGAUGUUUACCAUUUUGACAUGACCAAAGCUUUGAGGGACGAGUUAUCUAACGAAGUUUCAAUCAAUAAGUCGAAUGAGAAAUACAUAAAGGAUCUGGAACGUAAAUAUACCCGGUGUGAGAAAGAAAUCCAAUCUCUCAAUAAAGAACUGGAACGGCUCGAGAACGCUUCGGAGAAAGAAAAGGCGGAGUUGAGAUCGGAGAUAUCAUCCCUUAAAAGAAGCUUAUAUCAAGCUAAAAAGGAAAUCCGAGAUAAGGUAUCCUAUACCGAUAAUAUAGAGAAGCAAUUACAAGAAUCAGAAGAGCGGGUUCAAAAUUUAAGGCAUAGGUUUAAAGUUAUUUCUUCUCGAAGAAGCUCUCCAAGUUUAUAUAAUUCAGAAGAGGAAGAUACAGAUAUGGCACAUAUAGAUCCCUUUAUAAAUAUCACUAGAGGAUUAAAUCGACUUGAAAACCAUUUCACGGGGGGUACACCAUUAAAUAAUCCUGCCAAUAUUAUCCAAGGUAUGUAUGGUACUUUAAAUACUAUUCGGGCUAAUUAUCAAAGAAUAGACCAGGAUUUGGAUGAUGUCACAAAUCAACGAGAUGCUCGAGAUGCUCAAAUAGUACAAUUACAGCAAGAU